AUGUCGCGACCUCAGACUCCCCCGCAUGAGCCACGGUACCAUGUGCACGUUGCGCAAAAGACCAUAGAACAACUCAUCUCUAGUGCAUUCCCUGGUACAGGGCUCAUAUCAUGCUCUGAACUAGAAACAAACAAAGGCUACAACAACCGGCUCUACUUCCUCAAGGUCCGGCGACUGGGCCAGAGCUCUGUCUUCCGCAACACUGACGCCGAGAAACUGGACCUUGUCCUCAAGGUUAAUGGUUAUUUUUUCAAGGCAGACAAGGUCCAGAAUGAAGUUGGCUGUAUACAGAUACUAAAGAAGUACUGCCCAGACAUCCCGGCGCCGACGGUGCUCGCUUGGUCUGAGGACGGCGUACACGUCUGCCUGUCCAACCCGUCUGGGCCAGAGACGAAGCAUGUCAGUUUGUCAAUUCCGGACGAAGAUAAGCGACACGGCGGAUGGAUCCUCAUGUUGCGAAUUCCCGGAAAGCCUUUGUCGACUUGCGACUUUCAUGAAGCGACGAGAUUGGACAUCAUGAGACAGCUCGCAGGCAUCGUCGCGAGCUGGCGGGCCAACAUUCCCGCACAAAAGUAUAUCGGAAACAUCCAGUUCCAUCAGCUCUUGCAUGACUCCGAGCCUGACUUUACGAUAACCGAGAACUCCGGACCAGGGCCGCAGGAUCUCGUGGUGAGGGGCAUCCUUGUCGACGAGCUCUGGCUCACAACACCAAUCACCAGCACAGUCCAGCAAUACACCCUCAAGAUUGAGCAGAAGCUCGAGCAGCUCGAUACUAGCAGCGAUUACGCCCAAAACCGGCACCUCGCCGCCCAGAUCAGGAGUUUCGUCACAAACACGCUCCCGCAGCUGGACGCCCUGAACCCGCCGCCGCCACAGCACUCCUCGUCGGGCGGGCACUUCGUGUUUACGCACUACGACCUCUCGCCGCGCAACAUACUCGUGACGGCGACGGCCGGCAGCCCGCCGCGAAUCUCAGGCAUCGUCGACUUUGAGUUUGCCGGCUUUUUCCCACCCGUCGAGGAGUUCCUCAACGACGCCGUGGGCAACGCGGGCGACUGGCCGGAGGAGCUGUACGGAGCGUACCUGGCGGGGCUGGAGGCGCGUGGCAUCGCAACGCCAGCGAAGGGGAUCGAUGCGGAGGUGUGGGAGGCGGCACGGUGCUUGGAGCACGUGGCGGACAACGUCGCGCCGUGGUGGCUGCCGGGGCCGCACACGGGUGCGGUGCUCGAGGAGAAGUUUGCGAGGAGUGCGGCGGAGCUGCAGGAGAACCUGAAGAAGCUCUCAAAUGGCUCUAGAGGAAUUCGGCAUUGA